AUGGCGCCGCCUGGGCAAAACCGUGCGCCAAAGUCUGGUGCUGGGCUUUGGACGAAGUGGAGGAAAGUGCUCACCAUCCGUGAUGUUGUCCCAUGCUACGGCCCCUGCGGCUCUUUGAUCUACAUUGGCCGCAGUGACACCCAAGUCAAGGUCCGGGGCCAACGCCUCGAGCUCUCCGAAGUCGAACAAAACCUCUCAUGUCAAGAUGGUGUCGCAGCUGCAGUAGUUCUGUACCCUCAGACAGGACUUUGCAGGAAGCGCCUUGUUGCGGCGCUCGUGUUCGGCGAUCUGCAAUUCAAUUCAGUACAUGAUGGAAGUGUGCGGCUUCUCCGCAAUGCUCACAGUGCCAAAGCAGCUGGGCUGUUAGCCAAGGCACGAGAAUCGAUUUCUGCCGUUCUUCCCUCUUAUAUGGUACCUGAGUUGUGGGUCGCACUUGAUACAAUACCUCUCACGGCUUCGGGCAAACUCGGACGGUCUUCUGUAGAGCGAUACAUCGAUGACGUUGAUCACAGAACGUAUCAGCUGAUUUUACGUGGCACCAACGAAGUGGACGCUGGUAAGACCGGGGAAGCCCUGACAAAGCCGAAGGAAAACGUGUUGAGAAAAAUAUGGGCGCGCGCACUGAACUUGUGUCCGAGUACAAUCAGCGUCGAUGCUCCGUUGCAAUCGUUGGGUGGCGAUUCCAUAACAGCCAUACAAAUUAUUACCAAAGCUCGCGCGGAAAAAGUUGAAGUUGAUGUGGCCGAUCUACUUCGCGGCGCAACAAUUGCCCAACUUACUGCAGUAAAAUCAUCGCCAAGGUCUUCUACGAUAGCACCCGACGAUGGCGAGAGCAACCUUCCGUUCGAGCUUUCUCCAAUCCAGCAGAUGUACGCUGACUACGCGCCUCAGGAGGAACAUUAUUUCAACCAAGCAUUGCUGCUGAAACUGUCAGAACCUCACUCAUCUCACGACGUCUCAAAUGCCAUCAAGGCGCUGGUCCAACAGCAUGGCAUGUUGCGGGCCCGGCUGUUUAAGGACGGCCAGGGCCGUUGGAUGCAGACGAUCACUGAUGAUGUUGACAGCUCUCAUGUCUUCACCGUCAACACAGUUGUAUCUUUUGAAGAUUCCCAUGCUCUGGUCCGGGCAAGCCAGGGAGCGGUGGACGCGAAAUCCGGGCCAGUGAUCAUCGCCCGUCUCAUCAACCUCACCAAUGGUUCACAGAUAUUGUCUCUCGUGAUCCACCAUUUUGCCAUCGAUCUGGUUUCCUGGCGGAUCAUUAUUGCUGAUUUGGAAACAUAUUUGCGAAGCGGCAGCCUUUCAGGGAAAAAGCCCGUUUCGUUUCAAAGAUGGUCUAACUUGCUUUCCGACUACCGCAGACAGCACCUGUCGCUGUUCGAGGCUAGGCCAUAUGAUGUGCCGUCAGCUGAUUUUGCUUACUGGGGAAUGGAUGGGCGUGAGAACUUAUACGGUGAAGUUAUUCACUCGAAGAUUUGCCUCGACCUAAACUCGAGCAACUCAAUAUUACAGGGCUGUAACGAGGCUGCCCUUUACCAGCCCUUGGACCUGUUCCUCGCGAUCUUGAUGUUAUCAUUCUCCAGGACAUUUACGGAUCGCGAGCCACCAGCUAUAUUCAAUGAAAGCCAUGGACGAGACCUCUUGGACCCUUACAAUGACAUCCCUGGUACCGUGGGCUGGUUCACGACACUGUUUCCAAUCCAUGCUUCUAUUGAUGGCUGCUUUGAUACUUUAGAGUCGAUGAGACGCAUUCGUCAUGCUCGAAAACUGGUAGCAAAGAACAGUCUUGCCUGCCUUGCCUCUCAAUAUCUCAACAGGGAGGGCACCCAAUGGAGCAAACAGGCUGGAGUCGCCGAGCUGGUAUUUAACUACACAGGCGUUAGCCAGUAUUCUGAGGGAGGAGAAUCGGUCUUGCAAGAGGUGCCUGGUUCAAUGGGAGAACCGGGAGACACAGCAAGUCCAAACAUGAGGCGAUUCUCACUCUUUGAGAUCUCUGCAGGUGUAUCGGAUUCGAAGAUACUUUUCGACUUUGCUUACAAUCGCAAGAUGCGGCACUUGGAAGCCAUUGAGCGUUGGAAGCGCCAUUGUGAACAGCUGCUGAGGGAUGCUGCUGCCCAGUUUCCCAAAGAGCAGCCAGACCUGGCGGCUUGUGAUGCAUUCAUGAUGCAUAUGGAUUACGACGCCACCUACGAUCUGGUCCAAGGCGUUCUGGGUAGAUUACGUCUCCGUGACCCAGGCGAGAUUGAAGGGAUCUACCCAACAUCACCAAUCCAACAAGCGAUGCUAUUAUCCCAGAAUGAAGGCUCCCAAUACUACCGGACCCGGUUGAGACUCUCGGCAAGCUUGGGCAUGGGCACUGUUGAUUGCGGACGACUUCGAACGGCCUGGCACAAAGUUGUGGAGCGCCAUGCAAUCCUGCGAACGGUAUUUGUUCAACGCCCGCUCGGCACAACCAUCUAUGAUCAGGUUGUUCUAAGACGAAUCGAGCCCAAUGUCGAGUUUGCUCAUUGCAAUCGCCACCGUGCGCAGCAGUCUCUGCAACAAGAGCCGCAUUCGUGGCAACAGGAACAGCCACUGCAUAAGUUGACCAUUUGCGAGGGUCCUAGCGGUAAGGUCACUUGUGAUAUGGACAUCAGUCACGCACUGAUUGAUCAUUUGUCGCUCCCACCCCUGUUCAAAGAUCUGGGUAGGUACUAUGCGGAAGAAAUCCCAUCCCAAUUUGCGCCGCCGUAUAGCACGUUGAUUGCCGAUAUCGAGAGCAGAUCGAAAGACGAAGCCAUGCAAUAUUGGCGAAAGCUUCUCGACCGCCGGGAACCUUGCCGACUCCCGUGCUCACAAACCCAAUCAAGCCCACACCACCGUUCACGUCAAGUUGUCGUGCGGCUCACUCAGGACACAACUGCAUCUCUUUCCAUGUUGGCCACACACACGCCCUCUACUGUCUUUCGAGCGGCCUGGGCACUUCUCCUUCGCCAGAGAACCCAAGCGCCGAGCCCCAUCUUUGGUUACGUCGUUUCGGGUCGCGAUGUGUCGCAUCUCGACUCACAAUGCAUUGUGGGUCCGUUCCUCAACAUCAUAGCUUGCUGUAUCGAGCUGGACGACAGCCUUUCCACGGAGGACUUGCAAGAUCGCAUCCAGAGACAGUUUCUGGACAGUCUUCCAUACCAGCAUCAUUACCUUACAUACGCAGCAUCGCUACCCCAUCAAGGGCACGCAAUCGCGCCCACCAGAAGACUCUUCAACACCCUGGUCAAUUAUCGUCGGCAGAUGCCUUUGACUGGCGAAGAAUCGGGGAUAGGAUUGCACUUGGAGCCAAUGGAAGAGCAUGAUCCGUUCGAUUACGAUGUUGUUGUCGAGGUUGAUCACGAAGGUACGGGUAACUUCGACGUCAGGCUCACGUAUUGGACGCCAGCAGUCUUGGAGGCCGAGGCUGAUAGACUGGCCCAAACUUACGCCCGCUGUGUCGAGGCCGUGGUCGGUACUCCCAAAGUGUUGAUCGGAGAUCUGUAG